AUGCGCGCGCAAAUGCUGAUUUAUAUUUGGCGCGAAGUUAAAGGUGUCCUAUUGCUCCUAAAUUCAGUAUUCGCAUUACCUCCCGUCCUCCUCAUACCUCUGUGCUUCAACGCGAUUGCGCAGUGCGUUUACUUAUGCAGAUCAGUUGACGAAAAAAAGUUUUCAUUUAAGUAUUUUUCUCUGAAACAUCACGUUUCAAAUUAUAAGAGCGUGACGAGUCGUUUUGCCGCGCUCUUAGGUUACAAUUUCAAUAACAAUUACAUGAGACUUAGGACAACGAAUGUGGUUCCAACGAAGAGACUGCCGGAUGCCUUGAUAAUAGGGGUUAAGAAAUGUGGAACGAGAGCGCUUUUGGAAUUUUUAAGGUUGCAUCCCGACGUGAGGGCAGCUGGUUCGGAAGUGCAUUUUUUUGAUAAAUUUUAUCAUAAGGGUUUUGAAUGGUACAGGGAAAAGAUGCCACCAACUCUAGAAGGACAAAUAACAAUGGAGAAGACCCCAUCGUAUUGGGUCACAAGAUCAGCACCAAAACGUGUAUACGCUAUGAAUCCUGCUGUCAAAUUGAUAGCUGUGGUUCGAGAUCCAGUAACUAGAGCUAUAAGUGAUUAUACACAAUCGGCCAGUAAAAGACCAUCUCUGCCCCGUUUCGAGGACUUAGCAUUAGUAAACAGUACGGUAGUGUGGGGAGGUCCAUGGUCUGUAGUUGAUGCUUCUUGGCCGCCGGUCAGGCUUGGUAUUUAUGCCAGGCCUUUAAGGCGAUGGCUACGAAGGUUUCCAAGGUCGAGGAUAUUGUUGAUCAGUGGAGAAAGACUGGUUUUGGAUCCUGCUGCUGAGAUUGGAAGAGUUCAGGAUUUUUUAGGUUUAAAGCGGGUGAUAACAGAAAGACAUUUCUAUUUCAAUUCCACAAAAGGAUUCCCUUGUCUACUCAAAUCUGAGACUCGUCCCAUACCACAUUGCUUGGGCAAGAACAAAGGUAGGAGUCACCCGUACAUAGAUCCAGUAGCGAUAGAACGCCUUAGAGAAUUCUAUAGGCCGUAUAAUGAGAGGUUUUACGAAUUGUCUGGUAUUAAUUUUGGAUGGCCU